AUGUCUGGACUUUUUGCGCGCGUUACUAGCUCUGAUGUCAAACCAGGUCCUGGUGCGUACGAGCCAAAGCUCGGCGUGACCAGUGAUAAGUUGCGUGCCCCAGCAUAUACAUUAAAAGGACGUCAUGGAACUACUGAGCGUCCGAAUACAGCACCAUAUCGCGAUUUACCAUCAUCAAUUGGCUCAGGACCAAAAAUUUCACUUGCUUCACGUCACGCGACACGCGAUGUCGAAAAUACUCCGGGUCCUGGAUAUAUUCCACCAGCACUCGGUUCAGAUGCUCCUAAAGUAGCUAUGUCUUAUAGACAUGGUGAGGCAAGAGAUUCACGUUUAGAUAACCCAGGCCCAGGCGCCUAUGAUUAUAAAGCUCAAUUCGGUAAUGAAGCUCCAAAAUCUACCAUGCACACAAGAACUGGCGAUCCAAUGGGCAUCAAUUCAAUAUCUCCAGGCCCAGGCGCAUACAAUCCUGAUUAUUCUACUCAAAAGAAACGAGCUCCAUCAGCAACAAUGCAUAUAAGACCAGAGUCACGUUCCAUCGAAACGUCCCCUGGCCCGUCAGAUUAUCAGAUCGACAGGUCUCUCGGCGGUCCAAAGGCCACAAUGCACGCUAGAACAGGAGAUCCAAUGGGAAUUAAUUCUAUUUCACCAGGUCCUGGCGCUUACAAUCCAACUGACUCGAAUAAGGCUAAAGCUCCAUCAUACACAAUGAAAGGACGUCAUGAAUCUACAUCACAAGUUAAUACUGCUCCAUAUCGUGACCUCCCAUCUUCAAUUGGUCAAGGUCCAAAGAUUUCACUUGCCUCCCGUCAUGCUACAAGGGACGUAGAAAAUACUCCAGGUCCUUCUUACGUUCCACCAGCUCUUGGUGCCGACGCACCUAAAGUUGCUAUGUCAUACAGACACGGCGAAGCUCGUGACUCUCGUCUUGAUAACCCAGGUCCAGGUGCUUAUGAUUAUAAGGCACAGUUCGGUAACGAAGCUCCUAAAUCUACAAUGCACUCUCGUAAUGGUGAUCCAAUGGGCAUCAACUCCAUUUCACCAGGCCCAGCUGCAUACAAUCCAGAUUACAGUACUCAGAAAGCAAGAGCUCCUUCAGCUACAAUGCACAUCAGACCCGAGUCAAGAAGUAUCGAAUCUACUCCAGGUCCAUCAGAUUAUCAAAUCGAUAGAUCUCUCGGUGGCCAGAAGUCAACAAUGCAUACAAGAACAGGAGAUCCAAUGGGCAUCAAUUCUAUUUCUCCAGGUCCAGGUGCUUACAAUCCAACAGAUUCUAAUAAAUCAAAGGCCCCAUCAUAUACAAUGAAGGGUCGUCACGAAUCUGUCGAGCGUCCUAACACAGCUCCAUAUCGUGAUCUUCCAUCAACAAUCGGCCAAGGUCCAAAGAUUUCUCUCGCUUCUCGUCACGCUACAAGGGAUGUUGAGAACACACCAGGUCCAAACUACAUUCCACCAGCUCUUGGUGCCGACGCUCCAAAGGUUGCCAUGUCAUACAGACACGGCGAAGCUCGUGAUUCAAGACUCGACAACCCAGGUCCAGGUGCAUACGAUUACAAGACACAGUUUGGUAACGAAGCACCAAAGGCCACAAUGCACACAAGGACAGGCGAUCCGAUGGGCAUCAACUCCAUCUCACCAGGUCCCGGUGCAUACAAUCCAGACUUCAGCACCCAGAAGAAACGUGCACCAAGUGCCACCAUGCACAUUCGUCCAGAAUCACGCUCACUGGAAGUCACUCCAGGUCCAUCCGAUUACCAAAUCGAUAGAUCUCUUGGUGGUCAAGCCUCCACGAUGCAUGCCAGAACAGGAGAUCCAAUGGGCAUCAAUUCUAUUUCUCCAGGUCCAGGUGCUUAUAACCCAGGUGAUGGAAACAAGGCAAAGGCUCCUUCGUUCACUAUGAAGGGCCGCCACGAGUCCACAUCCCAAGUCAACACCGCUCCAUACAGAGAUCUUCCAUCAACAAUUGGUCAAGGUCCAAAGAUUUCUCUUGCAUCAAGACAUGCAACUCGUGAUGCAGAGAACACACCAGGUCCAAACUACAUUCCACCAGCUCUUGGUGCCGACGCUCCAAAGGUUGCCAUGUCAUACAGACACGGCGAAGCUCGUGACUCUCGUCUUGAUAACCCAGGUCCAGGUGCUUAUGAUUAUAAGGCACAGUUCGGUAACGAAGCUCCUAAAUCUACAAUGCACUCUCGUAAUGGUGAUCCAAUGGGCAUCAACUCUAUUUCACCAGGUCCAGCAGCAUAUAGCCCAGAUUACAACACACAGAAGACAAGAGCUCCAUCUGCUACAAUGCACAUUCGUCCAGAAUCUCGUUCUCUCGAAUCUACUCCAGGUCCAUCAGAUUAUCAAAUCGAUAGAUCUCUCGGUGGCCAGAAGUCAACAAUGCAUACAAGAACAGGAGAUCCAAUGGGCAUCAAUUCUAUUUCUCCAGGUCCAGGUGCUUACAAUCCAGGUGAUGGAAACAAGGCAAAGGCUCCUUCAUUCACUAUGAAAGGUCGUCACGAAUCUGUCGAGCGUCCUAACACAGCUCCAUAUCGUGAUCUUCCAUCAACAAUCGGCCAAGGUCCAAAGAUUUCUCUCGCUUCUCGUCACGCUACAAGGGAUGUUGAGAACACACCAGGUCCAAACUACAUUCCACCAGCUCUUGGUGCCGACGCUCCAAAGGUUGCCAUGUCAUACAGACACGGCGAAGCUCGUGACUCUCGUCUUGAUAACCCAGGUCCAGGUGCAUACGAUUACAAGACACAGUUUGGUAACGAAGCACCAAAGGCCACAAUGCACACAAGGACAGGCGAUCCGAUGGGCAUCAACUCCAUCUCACCAGGUCCCGGUGCAUACAAUCCAGACUUCAGCACCCAGAAGAAACGUGCACCAAGUGCCACCAUGCACAUUCGUCCAGAAUCACGCUCACUGGAAGUCACUCCAGGUCCAUCCGAUUACCAAAUCGAUAGAUCUCUCGGUGGCCAGAAGUCAACAAUGCAUGCCAGAACAGGAGAUCCAAUGGGCAUCAAUUCUAUUUCUCCAGGUCCAGGUGCUUAUAACCCAGGUGAUGGAAACAAGGCAAAGGCUCCUUCGUUCACUAUGAAGGGCCGCCACGAGUCCACAUCCCAAGUCAACACAGCUCCAUAUCGUGAUCUUCCAUCAACAAUCGGCCAAGGUCCAAAGAUUUCUCUUGCGUCAAGACAUGCAACUCGUGAUGCAGAGAACACACCAGGUCCAAACUACAUUCCACCAGCUCUUGGUGCCGACGCUCCAAAGGUUGCCAUGUCAUACAGACACGGCGAAGCUCGUGACUCUCGUCUUGAUAACCCAGGUCCAGGUGCUUAUGAUUAUAAGGCUCAGUUCGGUAACGAAGCUCCUAAAUCUACAAUGCACUCUCGUAAUGGUGAUCCAAUGGGCAUCAACUCUAUUUCACCAGGUCCAGCAGCAUAUAGCCCAGACUACACCACACAGAAGACAAGAGCUCCAUCUGCUACAAUGCAUGUUAGACCUAAGGAUAAGGGCCCAGAUUCAACACCUGGUUACACAGAUCUUGGAUCAACUCUCACUGGUCCAGCAUGGACAAUCGGCCUCAAGGAGAACUUAGGCAUGAUUCCAGUUUAA